UGCCGUGACGCCCUCUGUUCUUCCUUAGGCCUUGGUGGUGCGCGGGGGGCGCGGCUCUCAUGGCUGCGGCCAGUGUGACCCCUCCCAGCUCCCUAGAUGUGCUGCAGCCCGGCUUCUCGAAGACCGUCCUGGGCACCAAGCUGGAGGACAAGUACCUGUGCUCGGCCUGUAAGAACGUCUUGCGCAGGCCCUUCCAGGCGCAGUGUGGCCACCGCUACUGCUCCUUCUGUCUGAGCAGCAUCCUGAGCUCCGGGCCCCAGAACUGCGCUGCCUGCGUGCACGAGGGCAUAUACGAGGACGGCGUUUCUAUUUUAGAGAGCAGCUCGGCUUUCCCAGACAAUGCUGCCCGCAGGGAGGUGGAGAGCCUGCCGGCCGUCUGCCCCAACCACGGCUGCACCUGGAAGGGGACCCUCAAAGAGUAUGAGAGCUAUCAUGAAGGACACUGCCCGUUCAUGCUGACCGAGUGUCCGGCGUGUAAAGGCCUGGUCCGCCUCAGCGAGAGGGACCGCCACGCGGAGCGCGAGUGCCCGGAGAGGAGCCUCAGCUGCCAGCACUGCGGGGCGCCCUGCUGCCGGGCCAGCGUGGAGGCGCACCACGAAGUCUGCCCCAGGUUCCCCGUGACGUGUGACGACUGUGGCAGCAGGAUCCCCCGUGAAGACUUCCAGGGCCAUGCCAGGACCUGCGGUGAGUGCCGGGUGCCCUGCCGGUUCCACGGCGUCGGCUGCCCCGAAAUGGUGGAGAGCGAGAAGCAGCCAGAGCACGAGGCGCAGCGGCUGCGGGAGCACCUGGCCAUGCUGCUGGCCGUGCUCCUGGAGGCCGGCGCGCUGGGCUCGGGGCCGCAGCUGUGCCAGGCUGCGGAGCUCGUGCGGCGGUGCGAGGCCCUGGAGAGGAAGACGGCCACCUUCGAGAACAUCGUCUGCGUCCUGAACCGGGAGGUGGAGAGGGUCGCCAUGACUGCCGAGGCCUGUGGCCGGCAGCACCGGCUGGACCAAGACAGGAUCGAGGCCCUGAGUAACAAGGUGCAGCAGCUGGAGAGGAGCAUCGGCCUGAAGGACCUGGCGCUGGCCGACCUGGAGCAGAAGGUCCGCGACAUGGAGGCGGCCACCUUCGACGGGGUGCUCAUCUGGAAGAUCCCUGGCUUUGCCAGGAAGCGCCAGGAGGCCGUGGCAGGCCGCACGCCCGCCAUCUUCUCCCCAGCCUUCUACACCAGCAGGUACGGCUACAAGAUGUGCCUGCGCAUCUACCUGGACGGCGACGGCACCGGGCGCGGGACGCACCUGUCCCUCUUCUUCGUGGUGAUGAAGGGCCCCAACGAUGCCCUCCUGCGGUGGCCAUUCAACCAAAAGGUGACCUUAAUGCUGCUUGACCAGAAUAACCGGGAGCACGUGAUCGAUGCCUUCAGACCCGACGUGACCUCGUCCUCGUUCCAGAGGCCGGUCACUGACAUGAACAUUGCCAGUGGCUGCCCCCUCUUCUGCCCCGUCUCCAAGAUGGAGGCUAAGAAUUCGUACGUGCGCGACGAUGCCAUCUUCAUUAAGGCCAUCGUGGACCUGACGGGACUCUAGCCACUUCCUACUGGACUUGGGGAUCAGGGGCAACCUGGCCAGCGGCUCGGCGAGGAGCCACCAUGCUGGGCCUGAGCCUCGCUUCGGCCGGCAGGUGCCAAGUCCACGUCACAUUGGGAAGGGCCGCCUCCAUGAAGACGGUGCUCAGCCGCAGGCCUGGCCGUGGGCGCGCGGUGCCUCUCAGAGCUCCUGGCGUGCAGCGGGGUGGCUGGCCUGGCGAGCAGAGGGGCAGUGGGGCCGCCAGGGGAGGGCCGCCCCAUCCAACACAGCACGGAGCCCCUGGGCCCACCCUCAGUCCCUGGAGAGAAUGGACGCUGUCGGGCCUGGCUGGCUCGGAGGGGACCUGCUGUGCCAGCCUAGCCAGGCCAGCAGCGGGGAGGUGGUUCUUGUCCUGGGAGCACCACAUGAGCCGCCCCUGCAGCUCGAGCAGGGCGCACAUUCGGCCUCCCCGUGAGGCGUGUGUCCGCUGCCCUUCAGACCUCGGAGAGGUCAGUAUUAAAUCAUUGAACGUC